AUGUCUUCUUUAUUAAAAUCAACACAUAUUGAUCGAGAUGAUUUUGAUGCUGAUCAUUAUGCAGAUUUUAUACGUGAUAGUCAUCGUUCUCGUAUAACACUUGAUCAACUUGAUAUUGCACGACGACAACAUCGAAAAAAAGAAAAACUUUUAUCACGUAUUCAUUAUUUAAAAAUGAAAGAACAUAUACGUGUUAAAAAUGAUUUCAUACGAAAAAUUGAACAAGAUAUACGUAUAUCAAAUUUACCUAGUGUUAAAGAAACAUUAAAAGCUCAACGACGACAAUAUUUAACACCAUCACCUCCACCAAUAUCAAAUGAUCAAUCACAAGAACUAACUAUGCCUACAAAACAUGAUAGAAAAUCUCAUCAAUUAGAUAAUCAUCCUAAAUCAUCAAAACAACCUGAUUCACCUCGAACAGAACGAUCAAAAGCUAAUCUUAAUAAAUUUAAUCAUAUGGAUUUAUUAUUAGGUUAG